AAUGAGCUACCCGGAAAAACAGGAUAAUAUAACAAAAGAUGAAUGGGUUGCCAAGCUGGAAGAAAAUUCUUAUACACAACGUGUCUCUAUGAACAAUUUAAUUAUGAAUUAUUUAGUUACAGAGGGAUUCAAAGAAGCUGCAGAAAAAUUUCAACAAGAAUCUGGAGUGGAACCAACAGUGGAUUUAAGUUCUUUGGAUGAUAGAAUUCGAAUUAGAGAAGCAAUUCAAAAUGGUCGUAUUCAGGAAGCAACAGAUCUAGUGAAUCAGUUACAUCCAGAAUUAUUGGAUAAUGACAGAUAUCUUUAUUUCCACCUGCAACAAUUGCAUUUGAUUGAAUUGAUUCGUACAGGAAAAAUAGAGGAAGCUUUGCAAUUUGCUCAAGACAGAUUAAGUGAAGCUGGAGAAUCAGAUGAUGUAAUUUUAUGUGAAUUGGAGCGAACCUUAGCAUUAUUGGCUUUUGAUGAACCUCAUAAAAGUCCAUAUAGUGACUUACUUCAUCCAACUCAUAGGCAAAAGAUAGCAAGUGAAUUAAAUGCAGCUAUAUUGAAGAUGGAGCAUAAAGAAUCAACUAGUCCACGAUUAAAUAAUUUGUUGAAAAUGAUACUUUGGGCACAAGAUGAAUUGGAAAAGAAAAAAGUGAAAUAUCCAAAAAUGACUGAUUUAGGUAGUGCUACUAUUGAAAAUCCAAAAUAAUUUUAAAUCAGAUAAAAUAUGGAACAACAUGAAUAUAUUUAUUAGUAUGUGCACACGCAAGAAUAUGAAUGCGGUUGAAUCAUAUGGAUAAUUAACAUAUGAAUAGGAUUUAGAGAAGGAAUAGACUUGAGUAUUUUAAUAUACUCCUGUUCAAAUUAGUAAUAAUUAUUUUCUAUAAGAAUCAUAUAUUUAUAAAUUUUGAUGAUAUAUAUAUUAUAAUAGAUGCAAAUUAAGAGAGAGGAAUGCACUGAUUACAACAAUUACGCAAGUUUUUAACAUUGCAAACUGAGGUUAUCGUUAUAAUUCUCUCCAUGCGCAUUACACCAUCGACAUGAUAAAAAAAGUACAAGUUACCAGCUUGCAAAGAAGUUCAUCGAUAUUUUUUAAAUACAAAUAUGUCAAGAAAUGGACCAUUUUAAUUAAUAUCUGUGCAAUAUAUAAUAGAUGAGUCAUCGUCGCGAAAGUAAUUUUAACAUUGAUUAUAAUUUGAUUAUAAAUAUAUUAUACUAUGUUAUAUUACAGUAGAAUGGUUAAGUAUCGAUAGUGUUUAUUAUAAAAAAUAGAGAAAUAUAGUAAUACAUUACUAAUAGUUUAGGAAUAAUAUAUGUAAUAAUUAUUCAAUGUGUAUAAAAAUUUAUAUUUGGUACUAUCGAUGUAGUAAAAAAAAAAAAAAAAAACAUGAACAAGCAUUUUAGGAAUUUUUGAAUAUAUAUUCCUCUCUCGGGUCGUGUUUAUAUCGCAUUCGAUUUUUAUAAAAAUGUAAGGAAUAUUAAAUAAUAUUUGUCAUGUACAA